UGGAUACCUGGAAGUCUACAAGAAUGGUUAAUGAAGAAAGCGAUCCAAGUGUUUGGAGAGCCGACAUGGAAGUACCAGGACUCCCUCCCACCUUUACCUGUACCUCCUCUCAAGAACACACUGGACAAGUAUCUAGAGUCAGUAAAACCUUUCGUUACGGCGGAGGAAUACAAGCAGACAGAGGCGGUGGUGAGGGAGUUUGAAGAAGGGGUCGGCCAAUCGCUGCACCAACAAUUACUGGAGAGGGCAAAGGUUAAGAGGAACUGGAUGGAAGAGUGGUUGAUGGAUCUGAAGUACCUUCAGUCACGGCACUCCCUCCCCCUGACGUCCAACAUUGUCGGGUUUGUACCCGUCAUGGACUACAUGUGGUCUGCCAUAGGGGUGGAACCGGCAGACAGGGUUCCCCUGUUCCUCUCGGCAUCUCUCUAUCUGUGGAAACUCCUCAGGAAAGAGCAGAUACCAGUUGACAAGGCUGUGCUGACAGGACGACCGUUCUGUAUGGACCAGUUCCGUAGCAUGUUCUCGGCUCACAGGAUUCCUGGUGUGACCAUGGACAAGAUUGUCAGCCAAUUUAGGACAGAAUCUGAAGGCCCAUCACCCACCCACAUCACGGUGCUGUGUAAGGGUCGGGUGUUCAAGGUGGAGGUCAUCGAUCUAGAGGGCGAACCUCUAACUCCUGCAGAGCUUAAGAUACAACUGGAAGGCGUGAAACAACAAUGUGAGAACGUUAGUGAGGGACCUCACAUCUCUGUGCUAACUGUGGGAGACAGGACAGAAUGGGCAAAGACUAGAGAGAGGAUGGUGGAGAUGGACCCAGUCAAUGCUCAUAACCUGUCCGUCAUUGAGAAGAGCAUCUUAGUCUUAGCGUUUGACGAUGCCAUGCCGAAAGACAGUGGAGAGUCUCUUCACCAGGCGUUGGUAGGAAGUGGCAGGAACAGAUGGUUUGACCAUGUCAACACCGAGGUGGCCUUCAAGAACGGUCUUUUUGCUGGCCACUUCGAGGACCAGGUUCCCGACAGGCACGUUCCGGAACCAGAGGAACUGGUUUUCACCAUAGAUGACGAGAUACGUGAUGCAAUCAUACAUACAGAGGAGACAUUUAUUAAACAGGCUUCGGACUUGGAACUAAUCUGCCCCAGCUUCACAGACUAUGGGAAGAAGUUCAUCCGCAGUUUCCAGCUUCACCCGGACUCCUACAUGCAGACUGCACUACAGCUGGCCUACUUCAGGCUGCAUGGAAAACCAUGCCCUGCGUUCGAGUCCGCGACCCUGCGACAGUACUACCACGGCCGGACCGACUUUGUCCGGGCCUGCAACAUGGAAGUGGUCAACUGGUGUAAGGCCAUGGUGGACAAGACAGUACCGGAUGAAGAGAAGAAAGACCUUUUAAUGGCGGCGUUAAAGAAACAUAUACAACUUAUGCAGGAGGCGAAAAACAUGCUGGCACUAGAGGCCCCCAUGUCGCUGACCACAGUACAUCGUACCGUCCAGGACUGCGCCCUCCAGCUGCUGGAAUAUGUCGCCUCCCGCACGGGGCUUACCGAAGCCGUCAGGAAACUUCAGCUAGCGCGCCAGUUUGCGGCCAGCGACGACGAACUGAAGCAACUACAACUGAAGUGGAUACCUGGAAUUCUACAAGAAUGGUUAAUGAAGAAAGCGAUCCAAGUGUUUAGAGAGCGAACCUGGAAGUACCAGGACUCCCUCCCACCUUUACCUGUACCUCCUCUCAAGAACACACUGGACAAGUAUCUAGAGUCAGAUACGUGUACAAGAAAGAAUCUUGAAGAUUGGUGGAUGGAUCUGACAUACCUUCAGUCACGGCACUCCCUUCCCCUGAUUUCCAACAUCGUCGGGUUCACACCCAUUACGGACCACAUGUGGUCUGAUAUCGGGGUGGAGCCGGCAGACAGAGUCACGCUUAUCCUCUCCGCAUCUCUCCAUCUGUGGAAACUCCUCAGGAAAGAGCAGAUACCAGUAGACAAGGCUGUGCUGACAGGACGGCCGUUCUGUAUGGACCAGUUUCGUAGCUUGUUCUCGGCUCACAGGAUUCCUGGUGUGAUCAUAGACAAGAUUGUCAGUCAUUUUAAGACAGAAUCUGAAGGCCCAUCACCCACCCACAUCACUGUGCUGUGUAAGGGUCGGGUAUUCAAGAUGGAGGUCAUCGAUCUGGAGGGCGAACCUCUAACUCCUGCAGAACUUAAGAUACAACUGGAAGGCGUGAAAAAACAAUAUGAGAACGUUUGUGAGGGACCUCACAUCUCUGUGCUAACUGCGGGAGACAGGACAGAAUGGGCAAAGACAAGAGAGAAGAUGGUGGAGAUGGACCCAGUCAAUGCUCAUAACCUGUCCGUCAUUGAGAAGAGCAUCUUUGUCUUAGCGUUUGACGAUGCCAUGCCAAAGGACAGUGGAGAGGCCCUUCACCAGGCGUUGGUAGGAAGUGGCAAGAACAGAUGGUUUGACCAUGUCAACACUGAGGUGGCCUUCAAGAGUGGUCUUUUCGCUGGCCACUUCGAGCAUACUCCAGCAGAUGGCAUGGUGCCUGUGUAUAUUGGACCAAUACAAAAAGACCAGGUUCCCGCCAGGCCCGUUCCGGAACCAGAGGAACUGAUUUUCACCAUAGAUGACGAGAUACGUGAUGCAAUCAUACAUACAGAGGAGACAUUUAUUAAACAGGCUUCGGACUUGGAACUAAUCUGCCCCAGCUUCACAGACUAUGGGAAGAAGUUCAUCCGUAGUUUCCAGCUCCACCCGGACUCCUACAUGCAGACUGCACUACAGCUGGCCUACUUCAGGCUGCAUGGAAAACCUGCCCCAACGUACGAGACAGCGACGCUGCGGCAGUACUACCACGGCCGGACCGAGACUGUCCGGACCUGCAGCAUGGAAGUGGUCAACUGGUGUAAGGCCAUGGUGGACAACACAGUCCCGGUUGUAGAGAAGAAAGAACUAAUGUUGUCGGCGUUGAAAAAACAUGUACAACUUAUGGAAGAGGCGAAAAACAUGUUGGGCUGUGAUCGCCACCUCUUUGUUCUGCAAACUCUUGCCAAAAGUGCAGGAAUUCCUCUUCCUUCAAUCUACAAAGAUGAGGCGUACACUAAAAGUGGUGGUGGUGGUAACUACGUCCUGUCUACUAGUCUGAUUGGCUAUACGCCAGCCCCAGGGGCAGCUGCUCCAAUGGUCCAUCACGGCUAUUGCAUCUUAUACAACAUCCAACCAGACAGGUUUGUCAUGCUUCCGUGUAAGGCAAAUGUUAAUUUGCUUGUAUGGCUUACAAAUAAUCAGCUGUAUGAAUCGUUACCAAAUGUUACCUCUGUUGUUAAACAACGCCGACCUCUCCUUGCCGGCCAUGUGGCCCGGAGUAGAGAGCCAGCCGGAAAACUCUUGUUCUGGACAUCAUUAAGAAACGGGUUGGUCGCCCAAGGCUAACUUUGAAGAAGCUUAUUGAGAUAGAAACUGAACUUCUCGCAGUUUCGCAUUUUCAGUAUUUUAACAUAUUGUUUGUUUGUUUGUUUGUUUGUUUGUUUGUUUUCAAACUU